AUGGCAACCUUUACCCAAAUACCUAGUAACUGGCGUGUUCCUGGUGGCUACAUUGAAGUUGAUGGCUCACAGGCUACCUCUGGAGCUACCGCAGAGAUUCCCCGCGCGAUUGGCAUUCUUGGUCAAAAACUGAACGAUGGCGAUGCAGCAGCAAAUACACCAGUACGUGUCUUUUCUGAUGCUGAGAUUGAAACGAAAGCAGGACGUGGCUCAAUGCUUGCCAAGAUGGCUAAGUUAGCACGUCGUAUUACACCGGAGACACCUUUAUUUUUAUUACCGCUCGAUGAUGACAGCAAUGGUGUGCAGGCUGUCUAUCAUGUAACGCUACCUGCCAGCACCGCCACAGAAUCACGAAUUGCACGUGCUUAUAUUGACUAUCAUUGGCUAGGGGUACAAAAACAAGGUGUUAUUGAAUUUACUAUUGAUAAUGGUGAUGACCAAGAUGAUGUGAUCGCUGCCUUUGUUGCGGCAGUCAGUGCCGAUGAGGACUUGUUGUUUGCAGCAGCUGUUGAUGGCAGCAAUGCGAAUGUUGCAGUGCUUACGUGCAGACAUAAAGGUGGAGUUGGCAAUGACCUGACCAUUAAAUUUAAUUUAAACCAAGGGGAGCGCUUUGCUGCUGGUAUUAAAGAGCCAACAGUUAGCAGGCAAACCGAUGGCUCUGGUAACCCUGAUGUUAGUACCGUCCUAGAUAAUCUAGGUGAACUUUGGUUAACCGAUCUUGUUGCUCCGUAUCGUGAUAGUUCAAAUCUAACUGCAUUAGAGACCUUUGCGCGUGAAAGCUGGGACGCUUUAGUUCAGAAAGAGGUACAUCUAUUUUCUGCUGUCUCUGGUACGGUUGGUGAUAUGACAACCUUUGGCUUAACGCGAAAUAGUGAGUUUUUAAGUGUUGUUGGUAUUGGUAAAUCCCCAUCAUCAGCGUAUCUAGCAGCAGUAUCUCUAGCUUGUGUCGAUGUUAGUGAACCACACCCAGCACGAAGUCUUGAGGGAUUACCCUUAGAAGGUAUUGUUGCAGCCGCAACAGAAGAUCAAUUAUCUGAUGCUGAUAGAAAUUCAAUGCUACAUAGCGGUGUCUCAAGUACAACCGUUGUCGCAGGCACGUUACGUAUUCAAAAAACAAUUACAACCUACAGGGUAAAUAGUGUUGGUUCACCAGAUGAGGCAUUUUUAGAUCGUCAAACACUUAAAACAUUAAUGGCGAUUAAUUAUGCCUCUCGUGUCCAUUUCAGAACCAAGUAUCCACGUUAUCUGUUAGGCGAGUCUGGUCGUAAUUAUGAUCCUGGUGUACCGGUUAUGACAGCGGAGCUUGCGACUGCUGAAUGGAUGCAGCUUGCAGAUCAGUUUGAGCGACGUGGCUGGAUCGAAACAGCAGAUAAGUUUGUUAAAGAAGUCACAAGACCUGGUGCAAAUACGUUAGAUAGUGUGAUUCAACCAGACUUAAUGAACCGCUUUGAGCAAUUGCGUGUUCUUAAUCUUUUUAAACGCUAG